CUUGGCAACAGCUGCUAGGCGCCUUCAGCAAACAGUAUUGCGAGUGAAUUGGUUAACUGGCUCAAUGCCUUGAAUAAACUCAGAGGCAUUUUAUUGGUUAGCUAAAUUGUAUUAAAGUAGAUAAGCGGAAAUGUUCAUGCGAAUAAAUCCUCUAAAUGCCAAACUGCCUACUUCGGACAGAUUAGCACGCUUCUCCUAGCCGCGUAUCUAAUGUGUCUCAGUGAAUUGUGCUAGCUGGCUAAGGUUCAUUUGCAGUCUAGAAAACGCUAGGUUAGGUUAGCUAGGCUAACCAAGGUUAGUUGUUAGUGUGGAAGAAGCAGCGAUACCAGUAAAGCGUUGGAUAUUAUAGAACCAUGGCUUGGUACCAACACGACUUUCUUAUUUAGCCUCAAUAAUUUCGUUUAUCGUAGCUAUACUGUAUGCUGUUUCAUGUUAUGGUAGCUAGGUUGUGGACAAACUAGCUAGCCUUGUUAUCUUUUGUGCCUUUGAGAGAUGCGCUUCGAUGUGUAUGAGGUAACCUAACGCUAGCUGGCUGAUAUUUUCCAUGGUAAUUUACCAGCUAACGAGCCAGAAGAACUCGAGUGUGACCAGUGUUAAAAGGCAGCUUGCUAGUGAGCCGGGUUAGGCUUAGACACCAGUCACAACUCCACCUUUAGUGUGGUAGAGAGAGCAGUGAUUUUGACCACUGCUAAGCAGUAGUCACUUAUGUAUGAAAAUUGCACUGGAGUCUGACAGGGAAAUAAUGACUGCAGUCCAAAUGUCCGAGUGGAGACGCAUUUUCGAGGACAACCGGGUGGUUCCACCUCAUAACCAAAGCUCCCGGUUAGCGGCAGGAUCGCCUCAGGCUUUCCAGCUGGCGCUAAAGCAAGUGGAGGGGCUCCAGACUACACAGUCGGAAGCGGGGGAAGGCAGCAGGCACGAGCUGCGCGUGACCUUGUUCGACUCCGGGCGCCAGCGCUUCUUCGGCAGGACGUGGAGGAGCGCGCCUCGCGAGGUCCGCAGCAGCCGCGUGCGCUUCAGCGAGGUGAUAUACUUCCACACGGCCCUCUGCUUGAGUUCAGUGGUGGCUGUGGUGGAGCUUGUGUCCCUCUCUCAGGGGCCAGGGGCUUCCCAGAAUGCAGUGGGCGCAGGCUUUGGCCUUGUGCAGCUCUUUUCUGCGCGGCCGGACUCCGGACCACCUCACGGAGAGGACAGGUUGAGUCUGCUCCAUGGCACUCCACGAGCUCUGCUACACCCUGCACUGAAAGACCCACUUCAGAUGAAUGCAGUGUUCACAGUGAUGGAGGGAACUCAGCUGCUGUACUCUCUCCAGCCACACCCUGCCCUUACUCCCAUCAUGCACCUCCUUCCACCCAACAUUCUGGUUUCCGGCCAUGACCUCAUCCCCGGAGUUCUUCCGCCCACUGACGACACAGCUCUGCCCCCUCCCUGACGCUGCGUGGAAGCGUG